UCUGAAGUCUACCGUCUUCUCGCCAGAACCCAUCUCUAGUACUGCACUCAAAAUGAAGCCUCCGAAAACUUUGAUACAAUUUUAAUUUAGCCUCUGCCAUGUUGUCUCGACGAAGGUCUAAGGAUUAAUUUCCGUGGUUUCGACAAGUGCUAUGUGGAACACGUACCGGGCCCGAAACGUACCGAGGCUUGGGUGUGUGUAUAAACAUCCAAGUCUGGCCGUGUUGCGUUGCAGUUAGUCAACUCGCUCCCAAGAAGUUGGACUAUACCAAGAUUGUUUGCGGUUGGAUUAAACCAAGAUCGUUUCCGGCCGGGUGAUUCAUACAUUCUGGAGGAAAAUUUAGCGAUGCUGGAAUACACUUUAAGUUUUGCAGAGGAAGAAGCAGAUACAGAUUGUUUACUUAUACCGUGUUACGCGUUUUCGAUUCGACAUGAAAAUGGGAGGAGCAAAACAUUCUUACACCUCUGUGAGGAAAGUCGUCAGCGAAUACUGGGUGGCGGACAGAAUAGCUGACAGGCCAGGGACAAACACCCCAGUGUGCCAGCUGUACAAUGCUUACAUCAGAGACAAUCCGAAAUAUUACAUGGAUAUAGGACAGUUUGGCAAGGUUCUGAAAGCCCGAUUUCCCAACAGAAAACGCCGUCGGGGUAAGCAAGGUGCUCAGGUCUAUGUUUACCAGGAUGUGGCUUUGAAAGAAACAGACCAGUCUUCAACAAACUUUCAUCGUGUUUCAAAACGACCAGACGCAAGUCACAGUCAAGAAAAGGUGAGCAAUUCUCACCUUUUACCUCCAAUGGUCAUAGGAAACAGUAAAGUUGGCCCGAUAUUGGUUUCAGUUGGGGAGUCCUUGGAGGGUGUCAAGCACAGAAGUAUUACCUCUAAAUUGCCCUUGAAAGAUUUGGAAUCAGGUGUUCCUGGAGAGAGACCCUACAGAUUCGACAAGAGCACAAUGAGUGGCUUUAGCCAUAAUAACUCUUACACCCUACGUAGUAAAAUUCAGCAGGAGAACAAUCCGGGAGGAAGUGAUGAUUUUGAAAUAGAAAUCGAUUCUUCCCAGAGGCAGGUCAGUGGAGAACACUUGACCAUUGGCCAGUUCUCAGACAAAAUUGGCAUAGCUUCUGAAACAAACAACUUUCACACGGUUAAUGCUGAGAGAAAUAACUCUGCAGAAAAGCUGUGCUUAGAUACAGAUCUAGCUAAUGAUUCCUUUAAGGAUGACCAUCCUAUACGAUACAUGAAAGACUACAGAAAGGAUAAAACACUGGAAGAUCCAUCUUACUUGUCACCAUCAAAAGAUUUUCAAUCAGAUAAAGAUAAGGGCUGUAAUUUCUCAAGCACUGAAGAAGGCGAUUCGGGAAUAAUAAUUGACAUGUCUCAGUUCUGCAUGGAACAACAACUGAAGUCAGAAAUUGAGGUGAUGGAUAUUCCCAUUCCUGAUGAAUAUCCUGAAUCAAAUGAACCCAGUGAGACUGAACAUUUGAAGGGUAGGACUGGACCCACUCAUACUGAAGAUGUGGUUUCGAGUUCGACCCAGACAGACAGAAAGUACCAGAGCGCAGCUGAGGAUGGGGCUCGCAGAAUGACUACUGGUCAGCAGUGGUUGGAUGCCAACUUGAAAGACACUCCUGGGGCAAGGACCUAUGCAAAGGACAUUGAAUGGGCUUAUGCUCAGGACCAUCCAGAAGAACCUAUUCCAGAGUCAAAUAUGGCCGUGCUAAUAAGAGGGAAGUACCCUGGCAGACGGAAGCGAGUCACCCAAAAUAACAAUCCUGUUUACAUCUAUCAAGAUCUGGAAUUGGUUAAGAAGUCCACUGUUAAUAACACUCCCCAAGUACCUAUGUUGCCCUCGAAUCCAAUGAAUCCUCAGACCUCACGUUGCAAGCCUUACAGUGGCAUGUAUUCUUCUCCACAGGCUGUGAUUGUGACGCAGCCAAACAUUAACACUGUAGUAUGCAGUCCUCCUGUGAACAGUAUCUUCAGUUACCAGGGUUUCCCUUGUGUUGCUUUACAAGUCGUGCCACCAAUGGGUUCCCCUCCUUAUGAGUCUUCCGUGCAUCCGAAUCUCAAACAAAAUAUGAAUGCACGACCAAGCCCUGUGAAUGUUAAUCCGUCUCUCAACUUUAAUCCUAACGUGUCUUACAUCCUCCCAAACUCUACUCCAGCUGUUCAGCAGCUCAACUUUACACCUGUGCAAGUCCAGACUUUGUCUCCACCUGCAGUACAUCCAAUGAGGUUACCUUUGACUCUUGAUGAUACCACUCUCCCUCCAGCAAUGUCUCCGCUCAAAGUUCCUGCAGUGGCACGGCAGAAUAUGCAGCCAGUUUCCUCGUAUCAUUCUUUGAAGAUGCCCCAUUCACAAGGGCAUGGCACAAUGCCUGUGAGGAGGCACAAGACCAGCAUCCCCCCUCUGAAAGGACCACAUAUCAGCCACACCAAGAAGCAACAGCAAAAGGAAGCCCCUUUAAAGGGAAAUAUAGCCAAUCACCCAGGAAUGCCAGCCAUAAAGUCGAAAACUUCUGAGGAAAGUUGUUACCCAGAUAUUCUCAAAGACAAUCCAGCACCAUCAUCUGAGCAGGCAAAUCACGCUGCUAAAAUAUCACCCAACACUAGUAUCUCACCACUGAUGAGGAUGAUCAAAGAGGAACCCAUCACAAGUGAGGAGAACUCAUUCUACAUGGAACAGAUGAAAGCAAAUACUUCAAUGGGCGGUACUCAGAAUAACAUUCCUGUUUAUGGUUCUCAGAAACUUAAGAAAAUGAUGGAGGCAGUCUUACCAGACAUGGAUGUAGAUGAUUACAUCUCAAAUGAAAUUUUAGAUUCAGGUAAAUUGAGUAGGGAUAACAGCUUCCAUUACCAAAAAUUACUCGAGUCUAACGGCUCCAUACCAGGUCUUGGUAGCCAUUCAGACUAUUACAAUGCACAAAAGAAUGGAUUUUUAGACUGGAGAGAGAAAAGGAAAGAUGUAGAUGUUGCAUCCACCAUCGUAAAUUUACCCAAGCAUUCACCGAUGCAGAACUCAUUUCAUGUGCCAGAAGUGAUUACUGUUCUAGAUAAUGUCAUGCAUGAUUCUUCAGUUCACCAGGAAAAGUAUUUGAAUCAAACUGGUAUUAACCAGAAUAUGAAUAAAAGAAUGAGAAAGGUUUGGGAUGAAGAUAUAAGGAGAAGUGUACAUAAUGAAAAAGCUGACAUGAAACAACAGAACAUAAAAAACAAACGAAAGUACACACACAAAAAGAGGGGCUUAUUCUCUGAAUUCAAAGAGCAUGAUGCGCAGUUGGCUGAUUUCAACAACAGUUACAUCCGAGAGCCUGUUAUGACUUACGCUCUUCAAAGGGAUGGACAAGAGUCAAAAAUGCCAGAAACUUUCAUCUCCACUAGGAGUCCUUACACCAGAAGGAUCAGAGAUGUCCCAAGUAGAAAGAGCAGUGACCUCAGAAAUGUGCAAGCUGGUGCUUCAAAUCUCCAGAAUAUCCAAGACUAUUCUAGAGCAAGUGAUAGUCUUCCAAAACUGCAACUCAUGACAUCUAGAAUAAAUAUGAGCCAUGCUUCACCUGGCUCUGAUGCUAAAACUCAUUAUACAAGUUGGUCCAACAGCCACAAAUCAAAGCUAUUGUCACCUGACCCACGCCAAAAGCAGGCAGUCAGUUCAGUUUUACAGACCGCUCGACAUCUGCUGAAGGAUAUUGGACCUCCUUUGAGUGAGACAGAAAUUGCUUGUAGGUUAGAAGCCGCUCUGUAUGAAGAGAAUCCUGCCGCAGUGUACACAUCUGAGCAACCAUUGUCCCACUGCUCUAGCGACAACCCAGAAGCUUUCCCGUGCUCUGUGACGCAGGCACUUAAAGAACUUACCAGAAGCACUCCCGAUUAUGUAAACCAACUUCUACAUCACCAGGAGUCGUGCCAUGGUUUAGGUUGCUCCGAAAAAUGUAAAACGCUGAAGGCUGCCUAUACUCACAUUUAUAUCUUCCGCCACCGUUGUAGUGUAUGGAGCACUUACGUCAAGAUUUUCAGCAAACAUUCCAGAGCAUGCAGACGCGUCAGAUGUGCGCUUGCCUUAUGCUUGUUCAUGAAACACGAACUACACCUGAAUGGCAUUUCAGUACUUCCAAUGCAGUUCUCAGAAGAAAGAGAUCUGCUUGAGAAUCACUUCAGAAGAUGUGAGAAGGCGGGACCCCACAACGCCGAGCUGCAAUGUCGCCACCUCCAGGGAGUGGACAGCAUGACAGUGGGUGAUCCAAGUAUGGCGUCGGGAUCUGAAGAGGCGAAGGGACUGACUGGAGCUUCUUUUGUGAAGGAAAUCAGAACUCUCGUCGACGAAGCUCAGCAAAAUAACAGUACCUCGAAGUCAGUUCUGAGAAUGCUCGAAGUUCUGACUGAUAUGAUGCGCUCACACGUUUACAAGAGUAAUGUUCCGAAACAUAGUGAGAAAUAUUUGAAUAUGAAUAACGACUUGAUACAGUGAUUUUCUGUAACUUUGCUGUUGGUAAAUCGCAUGUAAAUGUCUUUUUGUAGUGUUUGCAAUGUCUCAGUUCUUAUUAAUAUUAUAUUUAUUCAUUAUUUCUGAAAAUGUGUACCUGUUGAACGAAAUAUGCAUGUUCUUGAAUGUAAAACGAUUCACAGAAAAAUACUGGAGACCAUGAAGCAAAUCGAAGAUGGGAAUUGUUUCUGUCUUCAAAAUCGCCAAAGAUGAAUGAAUAUCCAAAUGAAUAAAAAAGAAAAAUAAACUAGAAAUAACAGAGAUAAACUUCAAUCUAUCUU